CCAGGUUCCCUAAAGGACUGUAAAAUGGAGCCAAUAACAUUCAAAGUUAAAAAGUGUCAAACACCUAGUGAUUUCUCAGCAAGUUUCAGUCUCCAGCUUGUUGGUUCUCUGCCAGUGCAUUCCCUAACCACCAUGUCAAUGCUGCCGUGGAUUGUGGCAGAGAUCCGGAUGCUCAGUACAAAGUCUUCCAAAGAAGAACCUAGCGUCAGCCAGAUCCGACUUUAUGUUUCACCAGCAAGUUUGCGAUGUGAACCAGACACAGGGAAAAUCCAGCAGUGGGAUCCUUUGAUUUGUUCAAGUUUGUUUGAAUACAAGCCACAGCAUGUCCACAAACUGAUUCACAACAGCCACGAUCCAAGCUAUUUUGCUUGUCUGAUAAAGGAUGGAGCAGCAAAUCAGCGAAGUAUCUGCUAUGUAUUUAAAGCUGAUGAUCAGACAAAAGUGCCUGAGAUUAUAAGCUCUAUUCGACAAGCUGGAAAAAUCGCUCGUCAAGAAGAGUUUCAGAAUAAUCUCUCAGAUGUUGAAGACCCUUUUGCCAAAAAGUUUGAGGUGUUGUUCUGUGGACGGGUGACAGUAGCACAUAAAAAUGCACCUCCAGCACUCAUAGAUGAAUGCAUUGAGAAAUUUAAUCGUGCAAGUUGUACAAAAAAAUCAGAUUUCAACUCCUCAUCCCAACAACAUGAAACUGCCAAUAACUUCGGAGGCUUCUCUUUCAGCAACAAAUUGCGGUCUGUGUUCCAGCCCUUGGUCAGUGAAGAGGAGGAGAAAAGGCCGAUUAGGAAAUCCUUUUCUCAGCCUGGGCUUCGUUCCUUUGCUUUUAAGAAGGAUUUGCAAGAGGGAAGCCAUAGAAGUAACAGCUUUGUCAGGUCUUUUGAAGAAGAUGCAAUUUCACUGAACCUAAAAAGUCAACUUAUCUAUGGACACAGUGUUGUGCAGCCAACAGACAUUGCAGAAAACCGGACAAUGUUGUUUACGAUUGGCCAGUCUGAAGUUUACCUUAUCAGUCCUGACACAAAAAAAGUAGCAAUUGAAAAAAGCUUUAAAGAAAUAUCCUUUUGUUCUCAGGGAAUUAGACAUGUGGAUCACUUUGGGUUCAUCUGCAGAGAGUCUUCAGAAAAUGGAGGCUUCCACUUUGUUUGCUACGUGUUUCAGUGUACAGAUGAAGCACUGGUUGAUGAAAUCAUGAUGACAUUGAAACAGGCUUUCACCGUAGCUGCUGUGCAACAAACUUCCAAGGCACAGUCCCAGCUCUGUGAAGGAUGUCCUAUGCAAAGCUUGCAUAAACUAUGUGAAAAGAUAGAAGGGUUACACCCUUCUAAGACUAAACUAGAACUACAAAAGCAUCUAACAACACUAAAUAACCAGGAGCAGGCCUCUGUUUUUGAAGAGGUUAAGAAAUUAAGACCAAGAAAUGAUCAAAAAGAGAAUGAGUUGGUUAUCUCUGUUCUGAGAAACAUGUAUGAAGAAAAACAGAAGGACCAUGUUCAUGUUGGGGAAGCAAAACAGACUUCACAAUCCCCAGCUGAGAAUGCUGUAAACGAGGUGCCCAGCAGUGCUCCGAGAUUCAGAUUAGAUAUGUUAAAGAACAAAGCAAAAAGAUCUCUGACAGAAUCAUUUGAAAGUAUUUUAUCACGUGGCAGUAAAGCCAGAGGUCCACUGGACAGUUCUGGUGCUGUGGAUUUGGACAGCUCCAUGUCCAGUACCUUAAGCAGCCCAAGUAAAGAACUGCCAUUGUGUGAAAAGGAGAAAGACAGACUUCCUACUCUUCCUACAGAAAACACUGUCAAGACCAGUGGAUCAGUGUGUGAUCUCUCCAGCAGUGCAGAUAAUUCUCCUGUUGAGCAGUCUGUUACAUUACCUCAGCAAAGCUUUCGGAGGCGAGCAAACACACUGAGUCAUUUGCCAACAGAAAGCCAGGAAUCACUGGUACCUGUUGAAACAUCGCCAUCCAUUCCUCAGAGGAAACUUAUGAGGUACCACUCAGUGAGCACAGAGACUCCUCACAAAAGAAAUUCUUCUGGUCAACUUACGCGUUCUCCUACUCUAGCUCGUCUUAAUCCCUCGGCCUCUUCGCCCAACUUUUUUAAAUAUCUAAGGCAUAAUUCAAGUGGAGAACAAAGUGGGCAUUUUGCACAAAAGAGCAUCUCCUACCGUACUGCCUUAAGGAGAAGGCUUCAUUCUUCCUCUUCUGUGCCAAAUUUCUUAAAAUUUCUGGCUCCUGUAGAUGAAAAUAACACCUCUGACUUUAGGAGCACAACAAGCGACUACGAAUCCAAACACAGCCAGCAGGCCAUUGGUGCGGAUAGCCCUGUAAGGACUCGACGGCAUUCAUGGAGGCAACAGAUAUUCCUGCGAGUGGCAACCCCUCAGAAAGCAUGUGAUUCUCCCAGCCGAUACGAUGAUUACCCCGAAUUGGGAGAACUUCCACCCAGAUCCCCACUGGAACCAGUGUGUGAAGAUGGCCCUUUUGGGCCACUGAAAGAAGAAAGGAAACGAACACCCCGUGAGCUUCGCGAGUUGUGGAAAAAAGCCAUUAUUCAGCAGAUACUGCUCCUCAGAAUGGAGAAGGAAAACCAGAAGUUACAAGCUUCAGAAAACAAUUUGCAGAACAGACGUCUGAAACUUGACUAUGAAGAAAUCACACCAUGCUUGAAAGAUGUAACUUUGAUUUGGGAAAAAAUGUUGAGUACACCUGGAAGGUCAAAGAUUAAAUUUGAUGUGGAAAAAAUACAUUCUGCUGUUGGGCAAGGAGUACCACGUCACCACCGUGGGGAGAUCUGGAAGUUUCUAGCAGAGCAAUACCACCUUAAACACCAGUUUCCGAGUAAACAACCACCAAAGGACACACCUUAUAAAGAACUCCUAAAACAACUAACUUCUCAACAACAUGCAAUACUUAUUGACCUAGGGCGCACAUUUCCAACACAUCCGUACUUCUCAGCACAGCUGGGAGCUGGGCAGCUGUCACUCUACAAUAUUUUGAAGGCCUAUUCGCUUCUGGACCAGGAAGUAGGAUAUUGCCAGGGCCUUAGUUUUGUAGCAGGAGUUUUACUACUUCAUAUGAGUGAAGAAGAUGCUUUUAAAAUGCUGAAGUUUCUCAUGUUUGACAUGGGCCUGAGAAAACAAUAUCGUCCUGACAUGACAAUUUUACAGAUCCAGAUGUAUCAACUGUCUCGACUUCUUCACGACUACCAUCGAGAUCUGUAUAACCACCUAGAGGAACAUGAGAUUGGCCCCAGCCUCUAUGCUGCUCCCUGGUUUCUCACCAUGUUUGCAUCCCAGUUUCCACUUGGAUUUGUAGCCAGAGUGUUUGAUAUGCUCUUUCUUCAAGGAUCAGAGGCUAUAUUUAAAGUGGCUUUAAGCCUUUUGGGAAGCCACAAGCCCUUGAUUCUGCAGCAUGAGAACCUAGAAACUAUUGUUGAUUUUAUUAAAAGUACUCUUCCCAACUUGGGUUUGGUACAGAUGGAAAAGACCAUUAGUCAGGUGUUUGAAAUGGAUAUUGCCAAGCAGUUGCAAGCUUAUGAAGUUGAAUACCAUGUGCUUCAGGAUGAGCUUAUAGAUUCAUCUUUAAAUGACAAUCAGAGACUGGAUAAAUUAGAAAAGGCAAACAGCAGCUUGCGCAAACAAAACUUUGAUCUCCUGGAAGAACUGCAGGUGGCUAACGGAAAGAUCCAAAACCUUGAAGCAACAGUAGAGCUUUUAUUGACCAAUGAAGGCAAACUGAAGCAGUCCAUUCUCACUCUUGAGCAGGAGCGAGCUUCUUUGCUGAAAGCAGUAGAAGAGAUGCAGAAAAAGAUUGGUGGUACAGAUGGGAAGCCUCUACUUACUAGACAGGAACACAUGGAUGCUUUCUGAUGUUCACGGUUGUAAUGGAGCAGACAAGCUGAGCAAGAAACAAAGGGAAGAACUGGGUCUUUUUGUCAUGAUCCAUGGGGAUUUGACAUUGUCACCUUCAUUGUACAUGCCUUACUGUAGCAAAGCAAGAUACGAGCAUGGUGGCUUCCCGUAUCAGAGAAGCUGGUUUCUUGGGGAGAAGGCUCGCUCUUCUUAGUAUGUAGAAAUACUUUGAACAGUAAGAUGCCACAUAAUAAUAAGCAGGAGAAACUUAAUAGUGUGUGCAGUCAUACACAAUACACUGUAAAGAUGUCACGGAUUCUUCCAUAAGUGCUUCUAAACCUAAGUGCUUUGUGUUCAUCACGUAUUUUGUUUGUGUGUAGAUCACCACCAUGUUAAAUAGCACAUCCUUUAGAAGGUCCUUUGAAGAAAUACGGCAGUGUAAAACCUUUGAAUGGAUGACUGCCCCAUUGCAGCUAUGCAGUGGUAACAUUUACAGAGAGUUUUGUGAUUGGACUGGAGAUAUUCUUGACAGUGUAAUUCCCCUACAGCUUGACUGGGUUCUGUUAAUUAUGUUGUUUACACUUCAGAAAACUGCUUCCUGAUGCUUGAAGGUGUCAAUCCAUUGGACUCCAGAGAGAUGGACUUCAUCAUCUGUAACUAUGCAUAAUUGGGGGGUUGCCAUCUGUUUUUAUAAGUACAUUGUUUUAGUACAUUUUUUGUUUAACAACCAUUAAUGUAGUGUAUUGUUAGUUGGCAUUAUCUGAUAAACAUACUGUAUAUAGUAACUGUAUUAUGCUUAACA